AUAUUGGUAAAAGGAAGGACUUGCCCAUUUUCUUCUUUCUUCAGCUAUAGCGUCUCUGAUCGAAAAACAAAGGGCAUUAAACCAUUAAGUGGGAGUUUUGUUUUCAGCUAGCUUGCUCAAAUGGCUUUUCUUUUCAACAAAUUCCAAGAUGCUGUUAGAAUCCUUGCAAAAAGCCCCACUUUUGCUAGGUACAGAAGGAAACUCCAAUUUGAAGACGAUAUCAAUCUCCUCUUCAUGUAUACCAGUUACAAUCGUCUAGGAAAGAAUGCCGAUGAGGCCGAUGCCGAGGAGAUUAUCGACAUGGCUAGUAAGGCCUCUUUUACUGACCAACAAAUGCAAGUGCAGGAAAAUGUUCAUUUUCAAAUUAAAAACUUUUGCACUGUUAUGGAUGAAAUCCUUCUUCCUGGCAGUGCUGUUCCCAUGACAAGACCAAUAAAACGUGCUGAACUCUCACUGAGGUUGAAGGAUUCCAUUGGCUACUCGCUUGAUGUCAAACCAUCUCAAAUACCCCACAAUGAAGCCAGCCAAGGUUUGUAUUUGAAUGGUGAAGCUAAUGUUGGUGCUGUAAUUGCCAUUUACCCUGGUGUUAUAUACACUCCAUCUUAUUACCGAUAUAUUCCUGGAUACCCUAGAGUUGAUGCUCGAAACAGAUAUUUGAUCACAAGAUAUGAUGGGAUUGUCAUCGAUGCUCAACCUUGGGGAUAUGGGGGUGAAACACGUGAAAUAUGGGAUAGCUCAACAAUGCAAGAUACGGGGCCCGACACGGAUGAGACAAUGCUUGGUAAGGCUUUGGAAAACAAUGCUUUGGAGUGUAGAAACCCUUUAGCGUUUGCCCAUUUCGCCAAUCACCCUACUGAAGAAACUGUGCCAAAUGUGAUGGUUUGCCCUUAUGACUUCCCACUGACUGAAAAAGACUUGAGAAUUUAUAUUCCAAACAUAUCAUUUGGUAAUGCAGAAGAACAAAAAGUGAGGAGAUUAGGCAGCUCUUGGUUUAGAGGGAGUUCAAGAAAUAGUUGGUUAGAUGACUCGGACUCAGAUGGUCCUGUUUUGAAGACUCUUGUUUUGGUGGCUACUAAAGCACUCUGUGAUGAAGAAGUGCUGUUGCAAAGACCAUUAUGGUAUUAUUCUGUGGACAAAGACGAGGAUUGAAAGAGAUGGAGCUACAUUCAUAGAGCAAAGGUAUUGACAACUAAAAUUAUGGCCAGUCAGUGUAGAUUGUAACACACAUGCUAUGCAUUCAGUUAGGAUGAAAUAGUCAUGAAAGAAAAUGAGGGAAAUAAUCCUUUUUUUUGGUAUACAUUCAGACUGAAAAUGACUGAGUUCAGACAUUGAAUGUAAUAAAACUAUGUUUCUUGUCAUUGUUUUACAUUGAAUGAAACUCUGAUCUUUUUGAGUGAAAGCUAAUAA